ACGAUCUUUCAUUAAUUAAUCGUGGAUAGAGAAACUGCUUUGGGGCUUGAAGCAUACGAGGUAGCAAUGAUUCCUCGUUUGGGACUUGAGGAAGUGGUUCGUCGAAGCCGCUUCAUUAAUAACCUUCUUGCACAAUGCGAUGAUGAUAACCAGAACGAUGAUGCUGCAGAACCCACUCCAGAUAGGGCCAAUUCACCACCGAAUAACAAUGCGGCGUCUGUUGACUCCUCUGAAGAUGAAGGAUGGUUUGGCGAUGAGCCUCUAAAGGAGUAUGAAUCCUUUCUUUCUGAAAGUGAUAUUUCCCAGUCAGAUGGGGGAUCUGCGUCAGCCAAAAAACUAGUGGAUAAGCGUAUGCAGGGCGACACUUUGUAUGAUGGUAAUGCUCUUCUAAAGAUCCAAUCGGACUACCCGGACCUCGUGGAAGCGGCUGGCGCUUUUUCUCUCCAUUUCAAAGGCGCGGUGGGCCCUAAUCCACCACCAGUCCCAUGAGAAUUGAGGUGUUGAACUGUCUAAGCUUAGGACAACGCCUGACAGUUCGACGUCUCAAGGAGAUACAAAGAUUGUAUUCUCCAAAUUUGUUGUUCUUGGUGGAAACAAAACAGAAUCGGAUGACUAUGUUAGGGAUAUAGGUGCUUUGUUAGGUUUUUCUGAUAGUUGUAUUGUUUCUCCCGUAGGUCUAAGUGGUGGU